GCUCCUCGGGCUUCACCCAUCCCCACUAACCGCCCACCUCCUAGGAGCACUGCACUCCGCAGAGAAGUAGAGGUGCGCAGCCCUGGGCCGCCACGGUCCCUGCUCCUGGCUCUACCGCACCCAUUUCCUCCCGCAGCUCCCACGCCUCCUACAGAAAUCUUUGGCUUACCAGCGGGUCCCUGCUCCCACCUCUCGCUUCUCGCCUGUUCCUCGCUCGGACCACGCAAGCCACACACCAGCCCUCCCGACCAGACUCUCACCACCGCCACCGCCACCGCCACCAUCCGGUACCCCACAUCCCCCCUCGGCUCGACCCUCAUUCCUCCGCCCCCCUCCAGGCCCCGCCCUGCGCCACUCCUUCCCCUCACCCCUGCGGCGCGGCUCGCUGCCGCGGUGUCCUGGCAGGGAGCUGAGGUGUGUCGCUGACGGGUGUCGCAGGGCGUGUCACGAGGUGAGUGGGGAGACAGAGGCCGCGAGCCUGAGCACCAAGGGCGAGCGGUGCUCCUCACCCCUCCCCCUCGCUGCCGGCCGGCGGUUCCUGGGAAGAUGGCGGAUCGCGCGGAGAUGUUUUCUCUCUCCACCUUCCACUCGCUGUCGCCUCCCGGCUGCAGGCCUCCCCAGGAUAUAAGCCUGGAGGAAUUUGAUGAUGAAGACCUGUCUGAGAUCACCGACGACUGUGGCCUGGGACUUAGCUACGACUCGGACCACUGCGAGAAGGACAGCCUCUCCCUGGGUCGCUCAGAGCAGCCACACCCUAUCUGUUCCUUCCAAGAUGAUUUCCAGGAGUUUGAGAUGAUCGAUGACAAUGAGGAGGAGGAAGACGAGGAGGAGGAGGAAGAGGAGGAAGAGGAGGACGAAGGAGAUGGGGAGGGCAAAGCAGGGGGAGGAUGUGGUUCCGAGGCACUUGCUGGAGAGUCCCUUAUUCCCUCUCCUUCCCUAGAGGAGGCCCACAAGCACAGACCCACCACUCUCCACCUGGCUACGCUUGGAGCUCAGGACUCCCUGAACAACAACAAUGGAGGCUUUACCUCUGCACCCCCAUCCUCCUGGCAGGAGACAGGGCUGCGUUCGCCAGCUCAGGAGCCCCUUAAAGAGCUCCCAGCUCCUCUCCCGCCAGCAGAAGAGGAGCCCCAUGAGGUACAGUCUCUCGUUCGUCCUGGUUGUGACUGCGAAGGGAACCAGCCCCCGGAGCCACCAGCGUCAGAUGGGGCAUCCCCUUCCUCUGAUCCUGGUAUUGAGGCUGACUUGAGAAGCCACUCCAGUGGAGGCCACGAGGGUCGGCGAAGCAGCCAGGAGCUCUCAUCGCCGGGCUCGGACUCUGAGGACGCAGGCGGUGCACGGCUAGGGCGCAUGAUCUCGUCCAUUUCCGAGACAGAGCUGGAGCUGAGCAGUGAUGGUGGCAGCAGUAGCGGCCGCUCGUCACACCUCACCAACUCUAUCGAGGAGGCUUCCUCGCCAGCCUCAGAGCCUGAGCCUGAGCCUGAGCCACUACAUGAACCUCCCCGCCGCCCUGCCUUCCUGCCUGUGGGUCCUGACGACACCAACAGCGAGUAUGAGUCGGGCUCUGAGUCUGAGCCUGACCUCAGCGAGGAUGCCGACUCGCCCUGGCUGCUCAGCAACCUGGUGAGCCGCAUGAUCUCUGAGGGCUCCUCGCCCAUUCGUUGCCCGGGCCAGUGCUUAUCUCCCGCACCACGCCUGCCGGAAGAGGCCAGCCGGGUACCCCAGGACUGCCAGGACCCUGAGGCAGUAGCCGGGCCCCACGUGGAGCUGGUGGACAUGGACACCCUCUGCGGGCCACCUCCGCCAGCCCCCGCAGCGCCUCGGCUCGGCCCUGCGCAGCCUGGUCCCUGCCUUUUCCUCAGUAACCCAACACGGGAUACCAUCACCCCGCUUUGGGCCACACCGGGCCGCACUGCCCGCCCGGGCCGCUCCUGCUCUGCGGCGUGCUCGGAGGAGGAGGAGGAGGACGAUGAAGAGGACGAGGAGGACGACGAUGCUGAGGACAGCAUUGUCCCCCCUGGCUCCAGGAGUACAGGCUCCACUGCGCCACUGGACGCCUCGCUGGUGUAUGAUGCCGUAAAGUACACGCUGGUAGUGGACGAACACACGCAGCUAGAGCUGGUGAGCCUGCGGCGCUGUGCAGGCCUGGGCAACGACAGUGAAGAGGACAGCAGCUGCGAGGCCAGCGAGGAAGAGGCGGGAGCCACAUUACUAGAUGGUGACCAGAUGCCGGGGGAUGCCUCUCCUGACAGUCCCGACCUCACCUUCUCCAAGAAGUUCCUCAAUGUCUUUGUCAACAGCACAUCUCGAUCCUCCAGCACUGAGUCCUUUGGUCUUUUUUCCUGUCUGGUGAAUGGGGAGGAGAGAGAGCAGACACACCGGGCCGUCUUCAGGUUCAUCCCUCGACAUCCGGACGAACUGGAGCUAGAUGUGGAUGACCCUGUGCUGGUGGAAGCUGAAGAGGAUGACUUCUGGUUCCGUGGUUUCAACAUGCGCACAGGCGAGCGUGGGGUGUUCCCUGCCUUCUACGCCCACGCAGUGCCUGGUCCUGCCAAGGACCUGCUGGGGAGCAAACGAAGCCCUUGCUGGGUGGAGCGAUUCGAUGUGCAGUUCUUGGGCUCCGUGGAGGUACCAUGUCACCAGGGCAAUGGCAUCCUGUGUGCAGCCAUGCAAAAGAUUGCCACAGCCCGGAAACUAACUGUCCACCUGCGCCCUCCUGCGUCUUGUGACCUUGAGAUCUCUCUUCGGGGGGUCAAGCUGAGUCUGAGCGGAGGAGGACCUGAGUUCCAGCGCUGCAGCCACUUCUUCCAGAUGAAGAACAUCUCCUUCUGUGGCUGUCACCCCCGAAACAGUUGCUAUUUUGGCUUCAUCACCAAACACCCGCUGCUAAGCCGCUUUGCCUGCCACGUCUUUGUGUCCCAGGAGUCUAUGAGACCAGUGGCGCAGAGCGUGGGCCGGGCCUUCCUGGAGUACUACCAGGAGCACCUGGCAUUUGCCUGCCCCACAGAGGAUAUCUACCUGGAGUAGCACCCACCUCCCUCAGCUCCUGUCUACAAGCUCUGGGUAUCUCAAGGCCACCAUGGCUUGAGCAAGGACUGGAUUGGGGACAUUUGGAACCUUACAUUGUGGGAGUCCCUGGGCUGGGAACUUUUAUCCUUUAUCCCCAGGUCAUGGCUUUUGGGAGCUGUUGGGGAGAGGAGCCUCGGCAGCCAUACUUUUCUUCCGAUGCAUCUUUUCUCUCUUGUCCUCAUUUGUCCUGUUCCUCCAAGUCCCUUUCCUCUGUCUCUCGCCCCUUUCUGUGCCUGUAGACCUUGCUCUUUGCUCUCUCUUUUGGGGUUAGAACUUGAGGGAGGGGAGUAGGCUCAAGGUAACUGAUGAAGUCAGGUCCCCUGGUGGUUCCCUCCUGCCCUCCUCCUGUGAUUUAUAAAUGAUUUUAAUUUUUAUAGUGAACCUCAAGGGAUCAUCCCAUCUUUGAUCACAGGAAGGGACCCUAGCCCCAACUCACAAGGAGCUCAGGGGAAGGAGGGAGGGGUAUCUAAGAGAACCUUAGGGCAACUAGGUGGUUCUUGAUGCUCACCCAAAGCCCCCAAUGCUGCUAGAAGGAGGGCACCCCAGAGGGUGCUCCCCACGGGUCAUCUGCUUUGCCGCUAACACCCCUGCAGUCCAGCGAGUGAGUAUCUGCCCUGCGUGCGCCACCUGCUGUGUACGUGGGCCCCACCCACGGCCUCAAUAAACUCUGCUUGGUGUGACCCUGGCUGUUUUUAAGGUGGUGCCCCGGUGGGGUCCAGGUCCUAGGUACUACCUGUGGCAGUGGAAAGGGAGGACCCAGGGUGAGGGGCUCUGGGGGAGGUCUUUGGUGCUUUCUGAAGUCCUGCUGAGGGUGGGCCACUGUGUGCUAUGCUAGAGCCUUGCUGGAGGUGGCAUCUGAAGACCCUCACAGACCCCAAACACACUUGAUUUCCUGCAGAGAUAGCCCAGCCUGAAAGAAGACACUCGCCUUAGACCCUGUGUCUUUCCCAUGCGGGGUGUGCGGAGAGGUGUGGGGUGUGUGUUGUGUGUGGGCUAUGAACAGCUCGAGAAACAAUGUCUGUGGGUCUUAAAAAAGGUAUUUUUUUUUAAAGUCUUACACAGAAAGCCAAGAAGAAAACAGGUGACUUUAUUUUUUAUCUCUUUAAACCGUGCCUGUGUGUGACUUUAGUUCCUCACCAGGAUUAUCUCCUGGAACUGCCCCCCCCCAAGUGACUCCAACCUCAGGGGAUCUAUCUGUAUGACAGUAGGUGGCCCCUGAGGGUAGAUCUGUACCCUCUGCCCUUACUCAGUACUACAGCAAGAGAACAGGUGGAGGUUGUGAAUGAAACAGUGAACAAAGAGAAGUCUUGACAGUUUGCUACAUAAAAAUUAAAAAAAAAAAAAAGAAAGAAAGAAAAGUAUUGUCUUAGCUGGGCAUGGUAGUACCUACUUAUAAUCCAAGAACAUUGGAGGCCAAUGUUCAUUGGAGGCCAAUUGGAGGAUGACUGUGAAUUUAAGGCCAACUGAAACUUUAUGAUGUGAUCCUGUCUGAAAAAAAAAGAGUAGUAACUAUAAAAAUCAUCUUUACAUAAAUGUUACUUCAGUGUGCCAACAAACAGAAAUAUUAACAAUACAUGUGAAGAUCAGGGAUGAAGACCAGUUGCUGUGGAAUUGUCGAUUUUUUUAGCUACUAUGCCGGGACAUCCCACAUGUCCAAGAAGAUUUGUAAAUAUCUUUCUGCUGUUUGGCAAUGCCAUAAGAGGCAGACAGCCGCCUGGGGAUAGAAUGAAACCUGUCCUUCUGUGCUGGGUGAUGGAGGCAUGGUCUCCAGACCCACACAGCUUUGCAGCAGAGACCACUCCACCUCCAGUUCUGUGUUCUUUCUGCCUCCUGUCCCUCCUAGGGCCUGGCCUCCCUCCCCUGACACCCCCCCACUCUUUUUUUUUUUUUUUUUUUUUUCAUAUGGUUACCAUUCUUCCUCCUGCCUGGCAAUGAGGACAGCUGUGGGACAUGCUUGGUGGCCUUUCCUUGCUGCUUUCCUCCUACCUCUCCAGCUGCCCCACAAACCCUGUCCUUUCCUGGAGUCUUCCUUACCGGCUUUAAGGCAGACAAGCUUGGGGAUAGCUUAGCAAGCUGGGGCUCCACUUGGUUUGGGCCACAUCCCCCUUGCAAUAACGCACUUCGCAGCCUGAGAUCCUUACCUGCAUGCACUAUGCACAUACAGCCCUUUCUAAAUAAUGGGCCAAGGACCCCCACCUGCACUGAGAUGCACAUAUAUUCCAUGCUGAAAAAAAUGGAGUAAGUUUCUCCUUCCCUUAAUGAUUACUAAACUUUAUAUCCUGCUCAUCACUUAUGUCCUGUAUGAGAAUAGGGAGGCUUAUUUGGUGUGAACUGGUUUGGGGGUGCGUGUGCAUUAAGGCAAACUGUUCUGUAGGUGAACUUUCAGGGAGAAUUGCCUAUUUUAUGGGCAUGAAAGGGACCUGUGCACUUGGACAAAGGGUUUAUGUUUCCAAGCCUGCCCAUCAAAUUAGAGAACCACCCCAAACAUGUCAAUAGUAUCUCCUCCUUCCUUUAGUUUUCAUAGAAGAAGCCUCUCCAUGGCAAUCUGGAGCCCUUGGGUAUCUUCACUCAUAUGGUCCUCGGUCACUCCUGACAACAUAUUUGACCUGUACUAUCGCUUUGCUUUGAAUAAAAUUAACCUGGCUUAUAA